CUCCGUCGCUGUCUGUACUCCGCAUUGCAAGUCAACAUCAGACCGAGACGCGCUCUAAUCCGUUGUUACGCUGUUCUCGAAAUGAUUUCAGACACGUAGGCGCGCUCAGGUUUUCUUCUCUUGACGUAUUGAUAUAUUUGGUAUAAAUAUCCCGCAUCAUGGCGAGGUUCGACUAUAGACAAGCCUCGGCCAUAGCCCGAAAGAGAAGAGCUGCCAAUAUUGCUGCCUUCUACAAGACCCCAACCUGGAAUGAGGCCGACCUACCUCAAAAUCUGACGGAUUUCGCUCUCAAAUCCGGCUACUACACCAGUGAUGAGUUGAUAAUCAUUCAAUCUGAAGCAGAUGUCAUCCUGGAGAAGAUCAGAACCAAGUCGUGGACGGCUCUUGAAGUAACCCAGGCUUUCUGCAAGGCGUCUGCUUUGGCUCAAGAAUUGACGAACUGUGUUACGGAGGUUCUAUACGCGGAAGCAUUCAAGAGAGCAAAGUACCUCGAUGACUAUCUGGCACGCACAGGCAGGACCAUCGGCCCUCUUCAUGGGCUGCCGAUAUCUCUUAAGGAUUGCUUUAUCACUGCUCCUCACCCUUCAUCGAUCGGCAUGGCAGCAUACGCCAAUGAGCCUUUGGAAAAAGACACGUUGCUAGUGACUAUUCUUCGAGACCUAGGAGCUGUUUUCUACAUUAAGACGAACGUUCCUACUGCCAUGAUGAUGGCCGAGACUGACAACAAUAUCUGGGGAGAAUGUCGAAACCCUCUGCAUAAACACCUUAGCCCUGGAGGUUCUAGUGGCGGGGAGGGUGCUUUGAUAGCCUUUAAAGCUUCUCCUCUCGGUGUGGGCACUGACAUUGGAGGCUCAAUACGCAUCCCGUCCGCCUGGUCGAACUUGUACGGCUUGAAGCCCUCUUUCGGUCGCUAUCCCGUUUAUGGUGGUAAAUCCGGAAUCCCUGGGCAAGAGCAUAUUUUGGCCGUCAAUGGACCUAUGUCAAGGUCGUUGAAGUCACUGCAGCUAUACUCUGAAGCCGUCUUAUCGGAACAAGUGGCACCCUGGGAAUUGGAUCACAAAUUAGUCCCCAUCCCAUGGAGGAAGAACGUUAUACAGCCGCCGGGCCGCAAACUCAGGUUCGGCAUCAUCGGCAUUGAUGACGGACUCGUCACAGUGCACCCUCCAGUCGAGCGAGCAUUGAAUAUGACCAAGCAAGCGCUCGAGAAGCAGGGUCAUGAAGUCUUCACUUGGUCAGCAGCGGAAGAUCACCCAGUAAUUGUCAAGAAUCUCCAAGCAGCUUUCUUCGACUUGGGUGGCGCAGCUAUUACAGACCUGUUAAAACCCUGGGAUGAGCCCAUCUUCCCUUGUAUGAGAGGCUACGCUCUCGCAGCCGGUGCUGGAGAAGGCGAUCUUGGCCCGACGAAAAUGCGCAUGAUGACGCUCAAGCGAAACGCAUUGCAGAAAGCUUACCUGGAUAGGUGGAAUGCCACCGCGACUGAUGGGAAACCAAGGAUGGAUGGCAUCAUCUGCGCAACGUCGCCCUGGGCAGCUCCAAGGCUCGGCCAGACUCAACAGAAUCUCUACGUGGGUUGGACAGGAUUCGUGAACUACUUAGACUUCCCGGCUUGCACGUUCCCCGUGACCUUUGCGGACAAGGCACUCGACCCGCCACGCGACAUGAAGACUUUCAAACAGCUGAGUGACAUCGACGGGCGGAUCCAAGCCGAUUACGACGCAGAUUUCUACCAUGGCGCCCCAGUGGCUCUUCAGAUUGUCGGGAAAAGACUCGAAGAGGAAAAGGUCCUGGAGUUAUGUGAAGUCGUUGCAAACGCAUUGAAGGAUGCUUGAAGGGACCGCGACUCUCACAUAUUGAUCGCCUGCCAGUAAGACCCUUUUGGGCGCAACAGUCCGCCUCGUGUGCAAUUGAAUCCGACAAGAGAGGAACUGCGAAUUACCCAGGUUGAGCGCGAGAGGUAGCCCGGCUCUCAAGAUGGGUGCGCCUCUCCCUCGCAACAGGAACAGGGGCCCCUUACGCCCCUACGUACGUGCGUGUUUUACGGUUGCUGCUCCGAAGUGCUUUCUCUAAAACCGGCACGAGCGGAUAGGCAGGUCACGUAGUCACGUACUGCGCUGAUAACAUCGGAAGAUAAUGGCUUGAGGUUGUGAGAGUCGACGAUGAGUUUGAUGUGGUACUUCAGCCUGUUAUUGCGCAUAGAGUCAAUACACAUUCCUUUAGACUUGCAAA